AUGCCUAAGAAGAGAAAGUCCAACGGUCGCAACAAGAAGGGCCGCGGCCACGUCAAGCCCAUCCGCUGCUCCAACUGCUCGCGAUGCACGCCCAAGGACAAGGCCAUCAAGCGCUUCACCAUCCGCAACAUGGUUGAGUCUGCUGCUAUUCGUGAUAUCUCGGAUGCCUCCGUCUUCCAGGAGUACACCGUCCCCAAGAUGUACCUCAAGCUGCAGUACUGCGUUUCUUGCGCCAUUCACGGCAAGAUCGUUCGUGUCCGAUCCCGCGAAGGCCGUCGCAACCGCGCUCCCCCUCCUCGCGUCCGGUACAACAAGGACGGCAAGAAGGUUACGCCUACUCAGGGUGCCAAGACCUCCUAG